AUGGCAAGGAAAUGGCAGAAGUUCGCAGCGAAUCAGAGGAAGAGAAUUUCUUUUCCAAGAUCCAAUUACAAUGAUGCAGAGAGUUGCAGCACAACAUCUAUAGUUGACAAAGGUCAUUUUGUGGUGUAUACAACUGAUCAGAAGCGAUUUGUGGUUCCGUUGGCUUAUCUUCAAAACGAGGUAAUCAGACAACUGUUGCACAUGUCUGAAGAAGAGUUUGGACUACCAAGUGAUGGCCCCAUCACGUUACCGUGUGAUGCACUAUUCAUGAACUACAUUACAUCACUCAUCAGAAGAGGUGUAUCUACAGAUUUUCAAAAUGCUUUGCUUGUAACAGUUGCUUCCAGUCGAUGCUUAGCAGCUUCAUAUCUUGAAGAACAAAGAAACCCGCAAUUGCUAGUUUGUUAA